GCCUUUCAAAACACGUUGGGGCCAAGAUGGGCCAAACUGUGAGCGGUCCCAGCAUUCCUGAUGCCGAGAGCCGAGUGUUGCGCGAUCUGUUUUCGGCCCUGCGUGGCAAAUCCAAUCCGCUGCGCGCAGCGCGGUCGUCGUUGCCCAUGCAAGCCAACUACCCCCCGUUCAACGAUGGCAAGGAGAGCUGGACGGGGAUCAAGGUCGAGAUGGGGCACGUUGUGAGCAUUGAGCUGUCCAAUUGUCACUUGAUAGGCGAGCUGCCAGCAGCAAUCGGCCAGCUCACGUACCUCCGCGUCUUGAAUCUGUCGUCAAACGAUAUUCGCGGGCGAAUCCCCCCGAGUUUGGGCAAACUCCGUCGUUUGGCUGUUUUGGACUUGAGUUGCAACCACUUUGGAGGACCAAUACCAGCAGAAAUCGCCAACUGUACCCAUCUCCAGCACCUCUCGUUGCAGCAGAAUGCAUUGUCUGGUACGGGGGGGGCGGGCUCGAAGCAUCCGAGCGAGACAGUCGGACCUCACUCUGCCUCAGGCCCACUGCCCGCAGCCCUCGGUCAACUGUCCCAACUCAAGACGCUCUCCCUCGAGUACAACUCGCUCAGCGGUUCCCUUCCUUCGACGAUCACCCAGCUUUCUCAAUUGGAACGACUCAACGUCCGGUCCAACUGCUUCACUGGCACCAUUCCAAGCGACAUUGGCCGGCUGACGCAGCUAAAGUUUUUAUCGCUACGCAACAAUGCAUUUGAAGGGCACAUCCCACCGAGCCUCGGCGAUUGCGUCGACAUCACAUUUCUCAACCUUUCGUCCAACAAGUUGGCAGGAACGGUCCCCGAUACCUUCGUCCGACUCACAGCUCUCACUCAUCUGUACUUGUUUGGCAACGCAGCCGAUUUCAUCCAGACUCUGCCGCCGUCCAUGCGAUCGAUCCUCCACCGCCAAGAGGUGGAAUACCUAAAGCAAACGCAGUCUCGCCGAGCGGGCUUACCAGCGCCGCACGUUUCAGCCCCCGCUCCUUUGUCGAUGGCUUCGUAG